AUGAACUUUCGACUUUGCAGCGUCCUUUACCAUCUCUAUUCCUCCUCCUCCUCCUUUCUGGUGAACGUUGGUCGUGUCGUCGUCUAUGCAGUCUCUUGUUACAGAGAUUCGCUGACUGGACUGCCACAUCUGACACCACCGCCGCCACCGCCAUCGCAUGGCUUCGACUGCGCGCAGGUGCGAGUUGGCAGACUGUCUGCUAUCGAUUUAAAGGUCCUCUGUUUCGUCCUCUACAUCAAAGCGCAACGAGAGCACAUCCCGAUUGAUAUCGGCGUCUAG